AUGCAGGGCGGGGUCAUUGGAGGCAUUUGCCUCCUAGCCUUCCUGUUAUCUAAAGGCAGAGCUGAAGAAACAAAUGGUUUUAAUGAAUAUAAAUUCGAAACUCCCAGUGAUCUCAAAAGUGGAACCAGUUUCUCACAAGCAGAAGCUAGAACCAAUGUUGAUAUUGGCAACUUGUACAACCAAGGAGCUAAAUCGCACCCAUACUCACCAUCCUACCCCUACAGUUCCGGAGUAAAUUCACUCCAACCAUCAGCUGAAGCCGGUAAUGGACUACAAGAUCAACUUGCAUUAAAAUCUUCGCCUUAUUUUAAUGAUGAACAAGGCAAACAUUCUGUUUCUACAUACGACCUACCCACAAAUUUACCCUCUCAUUUAUCGCCAACUUAUCAAUAUAACCCAGAAACAAAAACAAUUGGUUCUGAAAAACUAUUUCAAUCUAAUAUAGAGCAAUAUCAGCCUUUGCCGAUACCGAAUGUUCCAUAUAACUAUUUAGUGCCUUACAAAGAUUCAAGCUCUUCCCAAAAACAAAAUGACAACGAAGCAUAUGAACCUGUACCUUUGAUUAAACCAAAAGAUAAUUAUUACACAGUGCCAUAUCAUGAAGGUCAGAAUCCAGAAUUAAACAUAAUUUCCCACCGCUCUCAUAUUUUUAAAUCUGAUUUAGACCAAGAAAAAGUUCAAAAUAAUCCAUAUCAAGAAAUUUCAAUGUUAAAAUCAAAUCGUGCAUCAUUCGAACCUGUGUUAGUCCCAUAUAAAGAACCUACUCCUUCCCAGCCCCGACAGAAUUAUCCGUAUUUGCCUCUUGCAAUACCAAAUUCCAGUAAACAACAAGAUUCUAAUUUUAAACCAUAUAGUGAAGGACACAGUAAGGGCUUUGAGCGUAACACCCUCCUUUCAAAAUCUUCGGGAGAAAGUGAGUCAUAUCGGUCUGUUGUCAUUCCUGAGUCCGAACACGAGACAUACAAUGAUGGUCUUAGUUUUUCCCAGAAACAAACGGCUAAUGAAGUAUAUCGACCCAUUCUUAGAAUGGAUUCUAGAGAAGAUGCUGUUGAGGUUUCUCAAUCUAUCUCAAGAUCUGACCUUGAUUCUGCGCCUUACAGACACGCUUCAAACGCAAAUAUUAAAGUACAUGUUCAUAAUGACGCUGAUAAUUUCACGUCUGCUUCUCGAUCCUCGUAUCCAUACGAUACGCUCAAAGAUCAUGGAUAUGACCCAGCCACAGAUUAUGAUUUGAUGUCAGACCUCAAAUCAAAGAGUGACUGGACUCCGAAUGAGUAUGACCCUCCUAGAAUUCCAACUCCUAAGUUAUAUCCUUUAGGAGCGAAUAAACAAGAGCACGCCGAUUUGAGACCCGCUGCAGGUGGUGCCAUUAAUCAAUAUAGUCUGGGUCCUUAUGAUUAUCCGUCUGAGUCACCUUUUCGUCCAGGUUUCAACAUGGCGACAUACGAAGGGCCUCCUUACAUGUUUCUUAAUGCAAAGUCCAGAAUGAUACAGCCACAUGAAUAUAUAUUCCCAAAUAAAAUGCCUGGUUAUGAGAAUGUAAUUCAGUGUACAAAAGAAAACGAGUUCCAUCAUUUUUGGUCCGAAGGCGUUGAUUGUAUGAGUUGCAUUUGUUUCAACGAGUAUGGAAUCUUGACGCCUGUCUGUGCAAGUUGUGGGGGAUGCCGUAAACCGUAUACAGAACCCAUCCCAGAACUACCGGUACCUAUUCCUGUCCAACCAGCGACUCCUAAGCCUACGCCGAUUAUACCAGAACCGUAUUUUACCCCAGUAAAACCGGAGCCUAUUCCAGAAAAACCUAUUCCGGAACCAAACCUAGAAGUUCCUACUCCACAGCCAUAUCCUAAAUAUCCAGCAACUACCCCAGGCCCUUCACAAAUUACAGAGCUGAUCCCAACACUGCCACCGCAACCGGCACAAGCAACGUGUAAUCCUCUGCCCAGCGGUCAGCCAUUCACAAAUCCGUUGCACCCGUGCCAGAUAUGUAUAUGCACAGAAUCUGACAUGUCUGGGAAAGGCGACGUCCAGAUCGAAUGCAAAGAGAAUCCUCAAUGUACUCCACUGCCAGAUGUCCCGAUGCCGAUCCCACUGCCUAUCUGUGAGAAGUUUCCUGAGCACGUGUUGUUCCCUCAUCCGACUGACACAUGCAGACUGUGCAAGUGUUCCAAAAGGGACGCAGAGAGCGGCCUCCCUGAGCAGCUAAUAACUUGCUACCCCCAUCCGGAUUGUACAGUUAAAACGGAACCAGUCACAGAGCCAGUCCCUUCCCUUCCCAUACCACUGGAUCCUUAUAAGGAAAAGCCAAAUCCUGAACCAGGACCGAUACCGUCAGAACCUAUGAAAGGGCUGCUUGAGCCAAUAAUAGAACCGGUUCCUUUACCUGAGAUUGUUACGGUAGAACCUUUACCGUGGCCUCCUAUAACGACAGUAUCGCCAGGUCCUCCUCUACCAGCGCUGACUCCACCGCCUGGCCCUCUACCAGGUCCAUCGCCACAUGAAUCUUGCCGGCCAUAUCCACCAAACCAAACGUUCCAGCAUCCCUGGGAUGAAUGCCAGAUCUGUUUGUGUACGGAGGCCACCGCGGUUGGCAUGAUCACCGUCGAAGUCAACUGCUACACCAAACCAUCGUGCUGCAUAGAACCACCGGAUUCAGUGAAAUCUGGCUACACCAGGCAAUAUCCAGUGAUCAGCAACCCGUUGCUGCUGCCUGCCCCCGACGCUGUAGUCACCAGUACUUUUAGACCCCCAUCUAUAUAUCCGUCUUAUACUCCAAGACCCGCUAAUGUUUACCCUGGAACCAAUCAAGUCGCUGGGGCGGACAGUGUGAAGCAAGGGUACUCCCCCCAGACGUAUCCUGUCCUACAGACGGAUACUGGAUACGUAGAUCCAUCAUCUAACUAUCUAUACCCACGGAACUACCAGCCUCCAUUUGUAAACCAACAAUAUCCUGAGUAUCCUCCAAGAAUGCCAUUACGGCCUGGGUCGUUUAAACUCGAUGAUUUUGGGUACCAACAAAACUACCAGUAUGCACCAGGGGAUGCAAUGGAAAAUAAUUAUCCAGGACCUCGGGGGCAUUUCCAACCAUACGACCCGAGGUUCCCGCCAGUUAAUGCGCCCAGUGCAUACCCAGCUAUGUACCAGAGGACUAGCUACGACAAACCUCCUCCGUAUCCACCAACACCAAGCAGAGACGUGUAUGGAAAACCUAACCAGAAGCAAAUUGGAGCAAAUGUCCAGAAUGUACAAUCGAAUUAUUUAGGCAGUCCAGCAAGAUCGAAGUCUGGUAAAGUAUCACAAUGCCAAAGGCGACACACCUCGUACCAUUUGGUGAAUAUCAACCAGAUGGAGAAUCUGGCGCAGUUUGACGAUGCUCACCAUCGAGGUCCCGAAUGGUACGACUUUUCUGUAAAUUCUGUGGAAACUGCCAGCAGCCUGCAAGAUGAUAAAAGCUCGUCUUUAACACAGCGAUACCGGUCUUGUCAUCCUUGUCCUCAUGAUAUGUUAAAGAAGUAUAAAAAUAUUGGCAUCAAGUGGAUUUGUGCUAGCUACCAGCGCGCCAGGCGCAGUUUUAAGAGUGAGUGCAUGAUGAGAUACAGGAACUGUCAGGAUGGAACCAUGCAAAUAGCAGCAGCGUUCGUAUUCAACGACUCGUUAAUAGAUGAGAAUAAACUCAAAGACAACAAGUUGGAGGUGGUGGAGACAAGGCGGGCGCUCAAGAAGUCGCUGUCCACGUCGUCAUCAGAGAUGAGACAUGAUACGGACGCUGCAGAUGAUUCCGAAUCGUUACAACAAUCAAUCUCAGAAAAAUCCACAAAGGAAUCUGAAGCACAACAAAAGAAAAAAGAUCGUAUACCUAAGUCUACUAUCGAACGGAAAGGAUGGCGAAAGUGGCAUCGCAAAUGUCCAAAGUGUCCGGAGGAUAUGCUUAAGAAAUGGCGAGAUCCAUCUAUCAAGUGGAUCUGUGGAGCAUACCAACGAGCCAGGAGGACGUUCAAGAGUCUCUGCAUGAUGCACUAUAGGAACUGUCAGGACGGCACAAUGUUCACUAAAAUUGCGGAUCAUCGCUGUCCAAACGCUAGUGGUCAAAUAAGACCUUACAACAUGCACUUCUUCUACGACUACAGCGUACUUCUGACUGAAGAAGACUCAAAAUCUGAUACUACACAAACUGCUGAGGAAGUGGAAGAGUCCUCUUCCUGGGACUCAUCGCGUAUAGCUAAGCUACCACCAUUAGAUCUCCCAUAG